AUGGCUGUCGGGGCGCUGUCCAAUAGCUCGUACCACGCCGUCGACGAGGAGGCCAGGGCGGAAGUCGACGUGCUCAACUCGCGGCUCGACAGGACCACCCAAUUGACCAAGAAGAUCCAGGCCUCGCUCGGCCGCCUCGAGGCCACCGGCCAAAGCGUUCGAGAUGUCGCCGCCCCCCUAAACGGCGAGACGCGGCGGCUGCAGACGCUCUCCAAAAAUGUCGAAGCCGUGCUCGCUGCCAUCGACCGUCUGCGGCAGCCGUCCGACAGCAAAGACGAUGAGGAGCAAAUCAUCCGAUCCGGCCCCGAAAAGGCCGGCCUGUCAAACUACCUCGCCUCCAUCCAGCGGCUCAGCAACUCGUACAAGGAAAUGCAGACGUCGAACCUGCGCGCGAACCAGGGCACCAUGUCGGACCUGACCCGCCUCAUCAAGCUGGGAAACACGCAGCUCGAGAACCACUUCGACAAGAUCCUCCGCGGCGAGACGCCCCGAUCCCUCGAGCCGCUCCACUACAUCACCAAAGACAAGCCCUUCCCGGUGCUUUCUCAGGACAAAAUUGCCCGGCUGGGCCUCGUAUACUCGCAUGUUGCCGGCAACUUUAUCAACGGCUUCGAGUCCCCUGUUGCCAAGAUCUACGCCGACAUACGGGGGCCCUACCUAUCCGCCUCCCUCGCCAAUCUGGCCGCAGCCACCAUCAACUCCUCCAAGAAGAAGAAUCCCGGGGACAUAUACCAGGCCGGCGCAAAUGGUAUUGGGACGUACACGCAGGCCAUGGAGGGCCUCUUCCUUGCCGAGUACGACAACAUCUGCAGCAUCUUCAAGCGGGAGGACUGGGGUCCCAUCCUGCAGGCAACCUGCCAGGGCGCAGUCACCGAACUGGCCCGAACCCUGCGAGAGCUCAACACGCACAUCAAAACCUACCUUACCACCGACUGCUACAUGGCCUACGAGGUUACCGAAAUCAUUUCCGGCCUAUCAAAUAACCUGGACAAGCGGACAGGGGAGCUAAAGAGUUCGUUAUCUGCUGCCUUGAAACCCGUUCGGGAAACCGCCAAAUCUUCUCUCGCCGAGUUGCUGGAAGAGACGAGGCGGAAGAUUGGCAACCUUCAGACGUUGCCAACGGAUGGGGCUGCAAGCCCCAUUGUAGCAGAGACGAUGCAACGUUUAAUCUCGAUGGUGCAGUUCCUGGGGCCAAUAUCGAGCAUCAUGAUCUCUCUCGGCGACGGUGGCUGGAAGCCCGGAGCUGCUGCUGGCGGCCGCACAACCGAGGGCAUCCCGAGCUUAGCCUCGUUCGACGUGGGCGCAGACGGCAAAGAGCUAUUCGCCCAUUACUGCCUUGACACGAUCGAUACUAUGCUCACAUCCUUGGACCAAAAGGCCCGCGUGCUUCUCAGGAACAAGUCCCUGUUGGGCGUCUUUAUGGCCAACAGCGUCGUCGUGAUCGAUCAUUCGAUUCGCAACUCGGAGCUGGCCCCACUGCUCGAGUCUCGUCUCGAGCUGCUGGAUCAGUGGAGGAAGAAGGCCACUGUGCUGUACACUGAUAUCUGCAGAGACCUGUCUGUCUAUCUCUUUGAUACCAUUCACACCAACCGAACCAAGCGGCCAACUUCUGGCCAUGCGGAUUCCGCCGACUCGGCGUCGGUUGUCAAGGGCCUCAACAGCAAAGACAAGGACAAGAUCAAGGAGAAGUUUACGCAGUUUAACAAUGCCUUUGACGACAUGGUCUCCAAGCACAAGUCUUACACGAUGGAUCGUGAGGUGCGAGCCAUGUUUGGCCAAGAUAUCCGUCAAAAGCUGCAGCCCCUGUAUGAGCGAUUCUGGGAUCGAUACCACGAGAUUGACAAGGGGAAGGGCAAGUACGUCAAGUACGACAAGCAGUCGAUUGCGGGUGUCUUUAUGAGCCUCGCAACCUGA